CCCCCCCCCUCCCCAUCCUUAGAUCCGUCGCCGGAGACCAACCCCUGCCAUGCUGUUCCGGCUCUCAGAACAUUCCUCACCAGAGGAAGAGGCCUCCCCCUACCAGAGAGCCUCCGGAGAGGGACACCACCUCAAGUCGAAGAGACCCAACCCUUGUGCCUACACUCCCCCCUCACUGAAAGCUGUGCAGCGCAUCGCGGAAUCUCACCUGCAGUCCAUCAGCAACCUGGGCGAGAACCAGGCCUCGGAGGAGGAGGAGGAUGAGCUGGGGGAGCUGCGGGCCCUGGGCUACCCCAGGGAGGACGAGGACGAGGAGGAGGAGGAUGACGAUGAGGAGGACGAAGAGGACGACAGCCAGGCUGAAAUCUUGAAGGGGCCGAAAGCAACCUAUGGCCAGGGUCUGGAGGGGCCCUGGGAGCGCCCACCCCCUCUGGAUGAGCCCCAGAGAGACAGAAGCUCCGAGGUUCAAGUGGAAGACUCAGCACUAAGUGUGCCAGGGGAGGAACCUCGGCAGCCUGCCCCCUCUGAGCCCCGCACAUAGGCACCAAGCCCAGCAUCUCCCAGGAGGGAGAAAGUGGAGGGGCAUUGCUGUUCCCCCAUCACCCCAUUCAUUCCUCCCUCAUCCUACUCUGUACUCUUCCCCUCAUCUGCUAGGGCUGCGGCUUCUGACUUCUAGGAGAUUAAGGCUGGUCUGUGUUUGCUUGUCUGCCCACCUUUGGCUGAUGCCCAGAUUUCCUGGACUCUUGCUACUCAAUGUCUACCCCUGCCAGUCUUGCCCCCAAUACACCCAAAGGGAGGUGGGAUGUAAGAGAGUCCACACUGGAAAAUCCAGGAACCUGGGGACUAGGGCCCACCCUUCAUUAACACCCCUCCCUGGGCCCUAGGCGCAGGAGACCACAGGGCAGGACCCUAAGAUCUGGGGGAUGGGGGGGGGCGGUGCUGAGAACCUGUUGGUGCCCAUAGAUUCUUCUCCAUCUCUCAUAUGGGGGAUGCCAAGUCACCACCCUUCUACCUGGGUCCAGACUUGGGCAUCCCUCUCCAGAGCCUCACUAUGGUGGGAUCGCUCCUUUUACCACCCCCCACCCUAGCCUGGGUGCCUGGAAGGUGGACUUGCAGCGGGUGCUUUGUUGCGUUUUGUUUGUGCUUUGAUGCCAGGAAUGCCGCCCAGUAUGCAUCCGUGGGGGGGCAUAUGGUGGGGGUAGCCAGGUUUUCCUCAUCCUCCAUCUCCUGUGCCCACCCACCCCAACCACCCCCCAUUCUUCCCUGACUCCAGGUCUGAAACCUUCCCCUGCUGUAAUAAAUCUUUGUAAAUAA